AAAACAAUGAACACAGCCAUUGAGAGGCUCAAUGAUGGCAGCUCGAAAGGUCUCAAACGUUGAGAGUAUCCCAGCAUUUGGUAUUCUUCUUCUUUGCCUGCUUCAUCUGAUUAGUGGGGAUAUCCAGGAUGUUCAAGAAUAUCUCCCUCCAUCUUUAGCGACAGCAAGGCAAUUUCUUCAGGAUUACAACAAUGCAUAUCCUCGGGUGACAGAAGCAUCAUCCUCAGCCAGCUGGAACUAUCAGAGGAAUAUGACUGCGGAAAACCUGAAAAUUAGCACACAAGAGACCCUCAAGGCGAGCGCGUUCCAAAAGAGAUCUGCUAAAUAUGUCCGAGUGUUUGACAGUGUGGUUGAUGCCUUCCCAUCUGAUAUUAGACGUGAGCUCAAAUUCAUACGGAACAUCGGGGUGUCUGCAUUAGAUAAUGACACAGUUGCAGAGUUUUACAAGGUACAAGGCCAAAUGCAAAGGAACUAUGCUUCCGCCAGGGUUUGCCGUCCAAACAACUUGUCUGAUUGCCUCCGAUUUGACCCAGGUCUUCAAGAUAUCAUGGCUGACUCGACAGAUUGGGAUGAGAGACUCUGGGCAUGGAAAGGUUUCCGGGAUGAGGUAGGGGUGCCGAACAAACCUCUCUUCGCUCGAUACGUGGAUCUAGUCAACGAGGGUUCCCGGGCUAACGGGAACAAGGACAGGGGGCAUACAUGGAGAAGGGGCUAUGGGGAAGACUUGGAGAGGAAAGCCUUUGAGUUAUACGAUGCCAUUCUACCUCUGUACAAACAACUUCAUGCUUACGUCCGUAGACGACUUCAUCAGGUGUUCGGCGACCACGUUGAUGUUAAGGGUUAUCUUCCGGCUAAUCUUCUGGGUGAUAUGUGGGGUAGCUACUGGGUUAACCUGUAUCCGAUGAUGGUACCCUAUCCAGAUAGACCAAGUAUUGAUAUCACCCAGGCAAUGGUGGAACAGGGUAUAAACGGCACGCAGAUUUUCCGGAUGGCGAACGAAUUCUUCAUUUCUUUAGGAAUGCUACCUGUGAAUGAAGGAUUCUGGGAGAAUUCUCAAUUCGUCCAUCCUGAUGAUGGUCGUGAGGUUGGAUGUCAUCCUUCUGCUUGGGACUUUGGUAAUGGAGUUGAUUUCAGGAUAGCCAUGUGCGCUAAAAUCAAUAUGCUUGAUUUCCUGAUUGCACAUCAUGAGAUGGGUCAUAUUCAGUAUUACAUGCAGUAUAAAGAUCAACCUGGGGUGUUUCGACAGGGUGCGAAUGGAGCAUUUCACGAGGCGAUAGGCGAGGCAAUCUUCCUCUCAGUGGCGACGCCAAAACAUCUCCAAGAGAUUGGUCUUCUACAAGACGUGGACCAAUCAGACACGAGAUCUGACAUUAACUACUUAUUUAGAAAUGCUUUGAUGGCGAUCGGUAGUCUUCCUUUCAGCCUUGCUUUAUCCAAAUGGAGAUGGGAUUUGAUGAGAGGGGUCUAUCAUGUCAACGAUUCCAACGACGUUUGGUGGGAAAUGAAGAAUGAUCUUCUUGGCGUGAAAGCCCCUAUUGAAAGAAACAAUGAUGAUUUCGACCCCGGAGCCAUGUACCAUUUUGUUAUUGAUUAUCCUUACAUUGGAUACUACAUUCGAACAAUAAUCCAGUUUCAGUUCUACGAGGCAUUGUGUAGAGCAGCCAAUCACACCGGACCUCUUCAUACAUGUGACUUCUACAGAUCAAAGGAAGCAGGAGAGAAAUUAGCUAAUAUGUUAUCAAUGGGAGCUAGCAGACCUUGGCCAGAAGCAAUGGAGGCUCUCACCGGUCAGAGAGAAAUGAAAGCAGACGCCAUUUUGGAAUACUUUCAACCUUUGAUGGAAUGGCUGGAGAAAACCAACGAAGAGAAUGGAGAGUUAAUUGGGUGGCCAAGUACGUCAGCUCCCACAGGUUCUGCACGGAGUGCUAGGUCGGGCAAACCAUCUUUCCUCAUCUCACUACUGAGCGUGGUCUCGAUAAUCAUUAGGGUUGCAUGAUGCCACCAGGCAGUGAAGGUUGCCAGUGCAUCUCCGGAGGGGGUGGGGCGGGAAAACAAGUCUUUUGCAUUCUUUUAGGGUGGGGCUAUGCUGUGUUCAUGUGUGGGUAGGUAAGAUCAGAGAUUAUGAAUGCAGCUGAUUCCUCUUAGGGGGAGGUUCAGACGUUUAUCAAAAAUAUUUAGUAUAGGCCUCUGAUUAUCAUCAUCCACAAAAAAAUAUGAUCUAAGGUUUGAUGAUAAAUUGCACUAAUUAACUAUUAACACUUGAAAAAAAUUAUUUUCCCUAGAAUUUGUCAAUGCAUCAGUGCUGAAAAGUGAUAUUGGAAGUGCAAUUUCUUUCUCCUUUGGUCUAAUAUUUUCUAUAUAUAAUGUCUGAAACCGGUACACACUAAUUUUUGUUUAUAUGAUAUGUUAUGCUGCCAAUUCGAAGUGAAAAGUCACUAAACAUUCAUUCAUGGCGCUUAUGUUUGUCUGCUUAUAUCUUUAAGUGGCCCGCAUAUUGCUCGGAUAUCUGGGUUUAAUGUGUCAAUUUAUGAAAAGACGGUGGUUUUGUUUGCUUGUGUAUUGUAACAUAUCAUGCUGAAUAUUUGUCUUGUAUGUGAACUUGUUUACUCUCGUUUGCAUUUUGUUUACUAUUUUGUACAUUUUCAAUGUAAAGAGCAUAAUAUCCGAUUAUACACAUAAACUUUUAACUCAUAAUUGCAAUUAAUAUAUUGUAUAAGUAUGCUAUGAAACAAAUAUAUAGGCCCAAUAAAUCGGAACAAUUUUGCGAUUAGAUAUCUUGGCCCGUACUCUGAACUCGGGUUAAAAUCAAACCCUGGUUAAAGUUGUGGUUUAACUAUGGAUAUAGCCAAUUGGGGCACAAAUCACUAAAAUUACACAUACCAUUUAUCAAGUUAUAUAACUCUCAAAUUGUUCAUAAUUGUUUGGGAAUAAUAACUGAAGCAUUUUGAAGUAUUAUUCUCCGUUUUGAAAGCAAAAGGAAACAAAAAGUAAGUCAUAUGAAAUACAUAAUACAGACAGUUUUGAUUAUUUGCCUCCCAAUAAAUUUAGCCAAAUAAUGUCAGAAUAAGUGCCCUUAUCUAGAAUUGGAUUAUCUUGGUAAAGACUAAGAGGGAGAUAAACAUAAUGGAUAGCUAAUAAAGCGGAUAAAUAGAAGAUCUGAUAAUAAAGCAUAUAUCCAGGCCACGACUAAUGUGAAUGAAAACGAAACAGAGUUUCAAUGUAAUAAUUAUCAUUCAUACCGUGACCUAAAAGGUGAAUCCAGCCUUGGUCAUAAAAUGUUGUGUUGGAAAGAAAAAAAU